AUUUUGCCUGAAAUUAACUUCGAUCAACAGAGCCCUACUUCAGCUUUUGCAUCAAUUUCCUAUUGAAAGCAGCCAACCACAAUGAUCAAACUCUCAAACCCCAAUGAACUCCAAAUCUCUGAGAAAUUGGAAUCUAAUGAUUCAAGCCUCAACAUCAAAUGGGUUCUUCUCAGAAUCCCUCAACCUCUACUCCUCCAUGCUCAAAACCAACACUCAUGGCGACAACUUCACCUUCCCCUUCGUAGCCAAAGCAUGCGCUAGACUAAACUCAAUUUCAGAUGGAAAAAAGAUUCACGCCCACACAAUCUUAUUGGGUUUUCAUUCUGAUCCCUAUGUUCAAACUUCAUUGCUUGAUAUGUACUCGAAAUGCUCUAAUUUGGAGAGCGCAAGCAGAGUUUUUGAUGAAAUGCCCGCAAGAACCUUGGUUUCUUGGAAUUCCAUGAUCUCUGCUUAUACUCGUAAGUGUCAAGUUAAAAGAUCCUUUGAAGUUUUUAAUGAGAUGCGACGAGUUGGUAUUGAACCAGAUUCGAGCACUUUGGUUAGCCUUGUUUCGGGAUGCCCUGGCUCUGAAUUGGCUCUUCAAUAUGGUUUGGUGAUGCAAUGUUAUGGGAUUAAAGUUGGGUUCGAUUCUGGAUUGUGUUUUGUGAAUUCAGUAAUGGGUAUGUAUGUUAGGUAUGGUAUGGUUGAUGCUGCAUGUUCUUUGUUCAAAUUGAUGGAGGAAAGAUCGAAAGUUACAUGGACUACCAUCAUGAGUGGAUAUUUAAGGAAUGGGGACUGUUCCAAAGUUUUUGAUCUCUUUAGUGAAAUGCGAAGAGACCACAUAGAGUUAGACUCACUUGUAUUCAUCAAUCUUAUCUCUUCUUGCGCUUUGUUGGCGAAUAUACAAAUAGCUAGCUCCGUCCAUGCUCUUCUAGUUAAACAUGCUUUAGAUCAUGAACCUAUGGUUGCUGCCACUGUGGUUAAUCUAUAUUCCAAGUGUGGCGAUCUACUCUUAGCCCGAAAAGUCUUCGAUUCCAUAAAUGAGAAGGAUGUCUCGCUGUGGACCUCGAUGAUUGGCGGCUGUGUUCUAAAUGGUAAUUCAACUGAAGCAAUGGAUAUUUUUGAGCUAUUCCUUCGUUCUCCCAUUAAGCCAAAUGCAGUUACCAUUGUCACCAUCCUUUCAGCUUGUAUUGGAUUUGGUUCCCUCACACUAGGCGAGAGUGUUAGAGAGUAUGCUAAAGAAAACGGGCUGGAAUCCGAUUUAAGAGUUCAGACCUCACUGAUUGACAUGUACUGCAAAUGUGGCUGCAUAGAAAAAGCAAAAGAGAUAUUCAAUCGAGUUCAAGUGAAGGACUUAGCUCUAUGGAGUGCAAUGAUCAAUGGAUAUGCUCAUCAUGGGGAGGGAAAAGAGGCUCUUGCACUGUUUAAGGAAUUGGAGAAGGAAGAAACUAUUAAGCCAGAUGCAAUCGUGUUUACCAGCGUUUUAUCUGGUUGUAGUCAUGGUGGCUUGGUGGAGGAAGGACUUGAAUGUUUCGAGAGAAUGCAGAGGGAUUACAGAAUAGAGCCUAGAGUAGAGCAUUACUCGUGUGUGAUCGAUUUGCUUGGUAGAGCUGGGCAUUUUGAUUUGGCUUUGAACCUUAUCAGGCCUUUGCCAGUUGAAGCACAGAGGCACGUCUGGGGGCCUUUGCUUAAUGGAAGCAGACCUCAUCACAAUGGGGAGUUAUGUGCUAUAUUCGAAUCCGAGCAGGAGACCAGUGGAAAUUAUGUGUUAAUGGCUAACAUACAAGCUUCUUUAGGGAACUGGAAAGAGGUGACAAAGUAUAGAAGGUUGAUGGAUAAGAAAGGAUUGAUCAAGAAAACCGGGUGGAGUAGGAUUGAUUCAGGCGCCUAAAGAUCUUUAGUUUUGAGGGUCAGAACUUGAAAUUCAUAUUGAGGAAUUCCAAAACUCUAUAUUCGUCGAAAGGAAGUUACCCUCGCUAAUGAUGAAUAAUAACGCGGAAUACGGUACAUUGUCGAUUGGAACUGCAGCGUUCUCUUGUAAUUGUUGUUUUCUUUGUUUCCUUGCUCAGUCUUCAGCUCAGAUCGAAGGAGAAGUUAUAACGAUCAAGGGAGAACGAAUAUUUGCGUCCUGUCUUUAGCUUUAGUGACAGGACACUAGGUAGAUAUAAACAUCGGAACUUUGUUGGUUAUCUAUCGCCUUACUUUUCACAACCAGCAUUUUCAGAAUCAGCCG